AUGUUGCAGCAGCAGAAGUUCGGCGAGGCGAUUGAAAUCAAAAAGAGGAGAUCAUCAGUUCUGAAUGAGAAUGGAUGGAAAGUCAGAAGAAUGAAUGAGACAGAACAAGAGAUGAUGAGGGAAGUUGCUGCGGAUGAACUUUCGAGACUUGUAUACAAACUGAAGAAUUAUAAACCAGACAGGUAUGCAUGUUUAGUUGCGGAGGCGGCCUCAAGUGACACUCCUGAGGUAGAACAAGAAGUUGUAGGAGUCGUUGAUGCAACAGUAUAUAGCGAUGAUAAUGUUCUUCAGUACCUUCCGGGAGCAACAGAAUAUAUCUAUAUUUCUGGGAUUGCUGUAUUGAACAAAUUCAGGAGACAGAAAGUUGCAAGUGCUUUGCUUAAGGCCUGUGAUGUUCUUGCAAGAUUUUGGAGGUUUGAAUAUCUAGUCUUACGGGCAUAUGAGGAUGAUUUUGGUGCUCAACGUUUGUAUACAACUGUAGGUUAUAAAGUAGUUGCAGGUGAAGCUCCAUGGAAGACAAAGUGGAUUGCUCGAAGAAGACAAGUUCUUAUGGUUAAACAUGUCUCACAAAUUAGUGUUUGAU